UUUCGUUCGAUGAGUUGUUUUAUUAAGCGAUGAGUGAAUGGAAAUAAAAGACAAUAUUUUGAAACAAUUGAUCCGAAAGUGAAUUAAUUUCUGCCAAAGAAGUGGACAAAAGCGGACACCAAUGGCGUCGAUGUUCCUGAACACUUUGACCCCCAAGUUCUAUGUGGCGCUCACCGGCACGUCUUCACUCAUCUCUGGCCUCAUUCUCAUCUUCGAGUGGUGGUAUUUCCGCAAAUACGGCACUUCCUUCAUAGAGCAGGUGUCGCUCAACCACUUGAGCCCAUGGCUGGGCGGCGCUCCGCCCGACGCCUCCGACGCGCCGCCGAACGGACAGCACGCGAGCGGACAACAGAUCUCUUUGGAGUGCAAAGUGUGGCGAAACCCGUUGUCUCUGUUUCGCGGCCCCGAAUACAACCGUUUCGGACAAACCACGCGGAAGGAGGCGCUCACCUAUUAUGACAUGAAUCUGUCGGCUCAGGACCACCAGACCUUCUUCACGUGCGAAGCGGACGCCGGGAAACCCGAAUACGAGAUUAUGCAGACGGCGUGGCGCGAGAGGGACCCUCUGGUGCGCAUCAAAGCGGCGCGGGAGGCGCUGGAGAAGAGCGCGGAGUGCGCGCCGGCGUACAUCCUGUUGGCCGAAGAGGAGACGCAGACGAUAGUGGAGAGCGAGAAGCUGUUGAAGUCGGGGCUGAAAGCGGCCGAAAGCGCGUACCGGAAGUCGCAGCAGUUUCAGCACCAGAACAACCAGUUGGAAGCCCUCCAUCGCCGCGACACCAAUGUCCUCAUCUACAUGAAGCGCCGGCUGGCUAUGUGUGCGCGCAAACUCGGGAAACUGCGCGAAGCGACCAAAAUGAUGAGAGAUCUCAUCAAAGAGUUUCCGCUGACGAACGUCUUCAACAUUCACGAGAACCUCAUUGAAGCGCUGCUCGAAAUGCAGGCCUACGCUGACGUCCAGGCCGUGCUCGCCAAAUACGACGACAUAAACCUCCCGAAGUCGGCCACCAUCUGCUACACGGCGGCGCUGCUGAAGGCGCGCGGAGUGUCCGACAAGUUCUCGCCCGACUUGGCCUCCAGACGCGGCCUCUCGACGGCCGAAAUGAACGCCGUGGAGGCCAUCCAUCGCGCCGUCGAGUUCAACCCUCACGUUCCCAAGUAUUUGCUCGAAACCAAGAGUUUGAUCCUUCCGUCGGAACACAUCCUCAAGAGAGGCGACUCCGAAGCCAUCGCUUACGCCUUCUUCCAUCUCAAUCACUGGAAACGCGUCGACGGAGCGCUCAACCUCUUGCACUGCACGUGGGAAGGCACCUUCCGUAUGAUUCCGUAUCCGCUGGAAAAGGGACACCUCUUCUACCCGUAUCCCAACUGCACGGAAAACACGGACAGAGAACUACUGCCACUCUUUCACGAGGUGUCCGUUUACCCCAAGAAAGAGCUUCCCUUCUUCAUCCUCUUCACGGCCGGUCUUUGUUCCAUUACCGCUCUUCUGGCGCUUCUUACGCACCAAUACCCCGAACCCAUGGGCUCUCUCGCCAAACUGCUCGUGAGUUGGCUGUCGCUUCCGUUGGGUUUCGUCGUCGACAAAAUGGAGUCUCUUUUGCCGUCUUCUCUCUUACAACAGUUGUCUCGCAUUUGAACACAAAUUGUGACCAAAAAUUAAUUUAAACACAAAAUUCUCAAAACUAUUUAUUUAAAG